UUGACGGCACCCGCUGACUGCCCUGUCGGCUGGGAGGGAAACUAGCUGAAUUGUGGACCGGCCAGUACCGAGUCACCGGGCAGUAGAGGGACACUGAUAAGCCGACCUCCGUGAAGUAUCGGGUCAGUUGAGCGGGCAUCCCGCCGGCGGCUCACACCAAGUUCGGAGCGUCACACAAGAAUGAAGCCUGCGCGGCUGCAACAUCUGUGGAAGAAAGCGGCGAGGAACAAACAGGUGCUGCCCGCCUCGUGGCGCGCCUACCACUCCCCACCGGCCAGCCCUGACGGCCUCUCCGGGGUACCUUACGACACCAGCUUCGCCAACAAGGAGAUCCACCGACCCGUCUCCGUGCCCCAGCAGGCUGAUGUCGUCAUCAUUGGUGGAGGCAGUCUGGGCUGCCAGACCCAGUACCACCUGGCCAAGAUGGGAGUCACCAGCACUGUGCUGCUGGAGAAACACUCGCUGACCGCCGGAACCACGUGGCACACGGCAGGCCUGGUGUGGCGGCUGCGGCCGAGCGACACCUCGAUCGCCCUGCUGGGCCACAUGGUGGCGCAGAUGCCGCGACUCGAGGAGGAGACGGGCAUGGAGAUCGGCUGGAUCAACAACGGCGGUCUGUUCAUCGCCAACAACCGGCAGCGGUUCGACGAGUACCGCCGGCUGAGCACCAUCGGCAGCGCGCUGGGCAUCGAGAACCAGAUGCUCGCACCCUCAGACGUCCACAAGGUUCACCCCCUGCUCAACACCUCCGACAUGUACGGCUGUCUGUACUCCCCGGGUGACGGCACCAUUGACCCGGCCGGCCUCUGCUCGGCGCUCACCCGCUACUGCACGAGACAGGGCGCCAAGGUGCUGGAGGGCUGCGGAGUAUCGGCUAUCGAGACUGAGGAGUACCGGGGCUCCCGUCGGGUCACCGCCGUCGUCACGCCCCAGGGGCGUAUCAAGACCAGCGCCGUCGUUAACGCCACAGGCGCGUGGGCCAACUACAUCACAGAGAUGGUCGGCAUCCACAUACCGCUGAUGGCCAUGAAGCACGCCUACGUGGUCACCGAGAAGAUCCCCGGCAUCGAGAUGACGCCCAACGUGCGGGACCACGACGCGUCGGUGUACCUCAAACUGCAGGGCGACGCGCUCAGCGUUGGCGGCUACGAGUACAACCCCAUCAUCAUGGAUCAGGUGGACCGCGACUUUCCGUUCGGGCUAUUCGAGCUCGAUUGGGACGUGUUCAUGUGCCACAUAGAGGGGUCCAUCAACCGACUGCCGGCCCUCGAGAAGACGGGCAUCAAGUCGACCGUGUGCGGCCCCGAGUCGUUCACUCCCGACCACAACCCCAUCAUGGGCGAGGACCCUCGGGUGCGUGGCUUUUACCACAACUGCGGCUUCAACUCGAGCGGUAUGAUGCUGGGUGCCGGCUGUGGCUGGCAGACGGCCGAGUGGAUCGUCAACGGACGACCCUCGCUCGACAUGUACGGCUUCGACAUCAGGCGCUUCAAUCCAGAGUUGUCUGCUAACAAGGAGUGGACCACAGCACGAAGCCAUGAGGCGUACGCCAAAAACUACGCGAUGGUGUUUCCACACGACGAGCCUCUGGCGGGCAGGAACAUGAGGAAGGACCCGCUGUACCAGGAGCUGCUGGAGCAGGGCUGCCAGUACCAGGAGCGGCAGGGCUGGGAGCGGCCCGGAUGGUUCUGCCUGGAGUCAGGCCCGGCGCCGGCGCUGCCCUACGACUGGUACGGCGCGUACGACACACCCGUCCACGAAAACCACGUGUACGCCGACAACCUGAAGAAGGAGUACUCGUUCGACUUUCCGCCGCACCACAGCGUGAUCCGUGACGAGAGUCUGGCAUGUCGCACCACGGCGGCGAUCUUCAACAUGAGCUACUUCGCCAAGUACUACGUGACGGGGCCGGACGCGCAGGCGGCUGUCGACUGGAUCUUCUCCAACGACCUGCAGAAGCCAGAGGGCUCCGUCGUGUACACGUGUAUGCUGAAUAACCGCGGCGGCAUCGAGUCUGAUCUGACUGUCAGCGUACUGGAGCCGGGCCAGGGCGGCCCGUGCGACCCCUCCUUCCAGGGUCGCGGCUUCUACGUGGCCGUUGGCGGCGGGUUUGCGGAGCACGUGAAGGCCCACAUGGCCAACGCCAUCCAGGACCGGGGCCUGAACGUCACUCUGACUGACCGGUCAGAGAAUAUGGGUCUGCUCUCCGUGCAGGGACCAAAGAGUCGCGCCAUCAUGCAGAGUCUGACCUCGACCGACCUGAGUAAUGAGACGUUCCCGUUCGGCACCACUCAGAUGGUGGAUAUUGGCGGCAUCCGAUGCCGCGCGCUGCGCCUCAGCUUCGUCGGCGAGCUCGGCUGGGAGCUGCACAUUCCCUCCGGCGAUCUGGUGACUGUCUACCGCCUUCUGAAGGCUGCCGGCGCCGAGUUUGGCCUGAGGGACGCCGGCUACCGGGCGAUGGACAGCCUGAGCGCCGAGAAAGGCUACAAGCACUGGCACGCCGAGAUCCGGCCGGACGACAAGCCGCAGGAGGCCGGCAUGCUCUUCACCUGCAAGCUGAAGACGGACCAGUCGUUCGCCGGCCGGGAGGCCGUGGAGCGUCAGAAGGCGGAGGGCGUCCGUCGCCGGCUGGUGACCCUCAGCCUGCCCCAGCCGCGCGCCCUCUGGGGCCUCGAGGGCAUCUGGAUGAACGGGGCGCCGGUCGGCUUCGUGCGCCGCGCCGAGCACGCGUUCGCGCUGGACCGGAUGGUAGCCUACGGGUACGUGCGGCGGCCGGACGGCGGCAAGGUCACCAACGCCUUCCUGCGGGAGGCCGUCUGGGAGCUGGACGUGAUGGGGGAGCGGGUGCCGGCCGAGCUGCACCUGAAGGCUCCGUUCGACCCGCAGAGUCGCCGGCUGCAGGGCGACUACGGCGAACUGGACGGCGAGGUGGUGCGCGCAGCCGUCUAGGAAGGUCGUGG